CUCACCUGCGAUCCAAUUCUAUAGAACCUUCCUUCUUCCGAGCUUCGAUCUUGUUGCAAAGCUAUGGCCUCCAAACAAGUGGGUAACGCAUUUGUUCGCCUUAUUGUUGAAGCCGGGAAAGCCAGUCCUUCACCUCCAGUCGGCCCUGCUUUGGGAGCCAGAGGAGUAAAGGCAAUGGAUUUUUGCAAACUUUUUAACGCACAAACUGCUCACUAUGAACCUUCGACUCCCAUGCGAGUCAAGCUAUCGAUCGCACCCGAUCGCACCUUCACCUUUCAACUCAGCUCACCUCCUACCUCCCACUUUUUUUUCAAGACACUCGGAAUUGCUAAAGGAGCCGGUGACACCGGCAAAGUGGGAUCUAUACCAGUGGGCGAACUUAGCCUGAAGCACGUGUACGAGAUUGCAAAAAUCAAGAAAUCAGAUCCAGGCAUGGAUCACAUCCCCCUAGAAAGUGUUGCGCGAAGUGUUGUAGCUCAAGCUCAUAAUAUGGGUAUCAAGGUCAUUGCAUGAAGGAACUUUCCAGCCAUCUGCCCUGCUCCGACAGCCUCAGGCGAGAUAUGUGCGAUCAGAAUCCAGCGGCUUGAAUAUGAUUGACCGCCGAAUUGUACCGAAACUCACAAAAGUACCAUAUCUACACCUCGAAAGCCCGGGUAAACAGGUUGAGCUCGUCACUAUGUUGACACGCAGCCCGAUAUCCACACUGCACGCGAUUCGCAUGGGUAUCAAAGAAGACAGCCAAGCACCAUCGGCAUCAAUUUUAGCCCGAAAAACUUGGUUUUGUUGACACUAAGCUUGUGUCAAAAUGUCGAUUACCACCAGUAGUACUCGUAUUCAGUCAUAUCCACGAGGCUUGCAAUGAAUUGUAUCUAUCUUUGACAACC